AUGCAGCUGCCAUACCCUGUUACCUCAACUCGCAUAGGCAAACAUGUCGGGGAGCUUCCACGUUUAAUAGAACAGCAUGACGAAGCGGUAAUUCAGUUGGAAGAAGUCGUUGCAAAGUAUACCAAUGGAGGAAAACCGUCCAGUCACAGACCAACCAUCAUCAUUGGAGGAUUUUGCGGUCUUGGAGGGACUCGCGUGGAUGCUAUCAAAUACUAUACGUCGAAGGUACGCCGUGCGGAAGGUGCGGUCCAACAGUACCGCGCACAGCUUGAUCCAAAACGCACAGAGAAUUAUGGGUUCGCCACAAUAGCCACCAUUCCUCUGGCUCAUGCUGCUGCUCGAGAACUAAAAGGAGAACACCCUAAGGGUUUAACAUUCAAACUCGCUCCCAACCCCAGAGACAUCAUCUGGAGCAAUAUAGGUCUUUCAAAACCAAGCAAACAGUUUAGACGAACCACAGGCUUCCUGUUGAUGAUGUUUUUCAGUGCCUUGAGCCUUUUCCCCCUAUUUCCAAUCGCUUCUCUAGCAAAUCUUGACGCUGUGAGUCUUGCUGCUUCGGGUUAUAUACCUUUCCUUCGGACCUGGUCACACAGUUCUCCCAUCUCCUACGCAUUGGUCUCUGGACUUGCCCCGCCUAUCAUUGCAGCUUUUUUCAAUUAUUUUUUACCACGGCUCAUGCGUUGGUUGUCGAAAUACAUGGGUGCACCUACUCAUACAAACCUCGCUAGAAUUGUUAUUGCAAGAUACUUUGCAUUCCUAAUUGUCAGCCAAUUGAUUAUUUUUACCAUUCUUGGGGUGAUUUUCCACUCCGCACUGGAAAUUGUGGAAGCUGUACAGAGACAAGGCGCUAAUUUCAAAACCAUUAUUGAAAACCUUGACACCAUUGGUCUCCAAAAUCAAUUCAAAUCUUUGCAACUCGUCGCGUCAAUCCCCCCUCUCGUAAUUCUCCUUCUGUUCAAAUUCUACCUGAAUAGGAAGUUUGCCAACAACUUCCAGUAUCACUUACCAGAACAUCAAGAAUUCUCAAGAGCCGUCGCUCGUUCCCAGCAGUCUAGCACUAGUUAUAAUCUUGAAGAUCGAUACUGCCAUCCAGCUCUAAAAGCCGUACUUUUUACACCAAUGAUUCAUUCACAUGCGUUACCAAUUCUACGCCGACAUUACGAAGGCAAAGGCAACGAAAACGAAAAAAUCUUAACCCGAGGAGUCAGCAAGAAAUCCCAGAACGUCAAGAUCAAAGGUGUUAAUAACGAUCCGAUAGUAGAUGGAGUAGUCUUCAAUGUUGUUCCUAAAUAUUCCCUUGAAUACGACCCUGAACAAUACAAACAUGAUGAAGACAACGCUUACUACGACUAUGAUCACGGUGCGGUGCCCUCGGGUUCUCGUAGUGCUUUAGAAUUGCGGCAACCAUCAUCCAGACACGGAAAUGAAACCUCUUCGAGGGGGGUUCGAUUGUACGACCCUGGUCUAACUGUGAGACCAAUUGGGAUGCUGAGUGGUGAUCACCAUGAAUCGACAAAUAGAAUGUACGAUAUACAAGCUAUGAACUUGUCACCUGCCCUAUCUUAUCAACCAUCCGAUGUCCCAAGUCACGACGUCCAACCUUCGACAUACCAACAAAGACACCGUACCAGAAGAAACGAUGAGUUUACUCAUGAUGGCAUAUCGCCCGGCGAUAAAUCUCUUCCGCCUGUGCCGCCGGGGUCAUAG